GCCCUCGCCGCGUCGCUGGCCGUGCGCCCCGCCGCCGCCGCGGCCGCUGGCGGCCGGGGCGGCAGGGCCACGGGCGCCGGCCGCAGGGGCGAGGCCCGCGCCCCUGCCGAGGGCGAGCUCUGGGACGAGCUCGAGCGGCUGCGCGAGGACAGCGCGGCGGCGCUGCGCGGCCACUCCGCCGAGGUCUCGGCGGCCUGCGAGGCAGGCCGGCUGCAGACCCUGAAGAUUUCCGAGGCCGUGGCGGAGAUGGGCCGCGAGCUGUCGCGGCGCGUCGGGGCGGCGGAGGCGCAGGUGGGCGCGCAGGCCCGGCGCCUGCAGGAGCUGGAGGCGCUGUGCGCCAGCGAGGGCGCGGCGAACGAGGGGCUGCGCGCGCUGGAGGCCGAGCUGAGCGCCGUGGCGGAGAGGCUCCGGCUCCAGGCCGACGCGUCGCAGGCCCAGGCCUCGCGGCUCGAGGCCCUAGAACAUGCCGCGGCCGCGCGGGCGAGGCCGAGGGGUGACGAGCCGCCGCAGGGGCCGGAGGAGAGGGUGGCCUGCCAGGACCAGGCGACGGCCGAGCAGGGCGAGCAGCUUCGGCGGCAGAUGGCGGAGCUCCGUGCAGAGCUGCGCAGCAAGCUGCGGCUGGGCCUGGGCGGCACCCUGAAGGCAGCCAUGGACGAGCUGCGGUCGGGCCUCGAGGACCUGUCGCGGCGCGUCGACGGCCUGUCGGCAGUCGCGCAGGCGCCAGGGACCCACGCCGCGCGGCCCGGCGACGCGGACGCGCCGCCAGCGCGGGCAGCAGCCGAGCACAGGCAGCAGUCGCACGAGCGGCCCGCGCCCCGGCGGCCGGGCAGCCCCGCCCCGCGCGGCCCCUCCGAGAGCCCAGCGCCCCGCCGCGGCGCGCCGGCGCCGGCCCUGCGCCGCGCGGCCUCCGGCCAGGCGGCGCAGUUCGCCGCCCUCCGCGGUGGGCAGCAGGAGGCCGACCUGCUGGAAGAGCGGCCCGUCUCGCCAGCCUCCGCGCCGACGGCGCCGGCUGCGUCGCUGGACUCGGCCUCCCCGCCGAGCACGAGCGCGCAGUCCAGCUGCGCCGCCCCCGCCGCGGCCAGCCCGCAGCUCGCCGCGGUGCCCGAGGCCCGAUGCGGGGCGCUCCCGAGCUCGCUCCGCCUGCCCCUGGACCGGGCGCUGGGCCGCAGGCCGGCCGACGUCGGCCUGCUCGCGGAGCUGCCGCCGCCGGACGUGCCCAUACACCGUGACCCCGAGGACCUGCAGGACCUGCCGCGCGAGGCGGGGCUGCCGGCCGGCCUCCUCGAGCCUAGAGCCUGCGAGGACACCGGAAGCACGACCGGCACGGCCGAGCCGGCCGUUGCCGUGGGCGCCGCUGCGGACGCCGCAGACCGCGGCAGCCCGCUGCAGCCGCGGGCGCCGGUGGCCCCGCUGCCGCUGGAGGACCAGGGGCACUCCUGGGCGCCCGAGGGCCCCCAGGUGGAGCCCGCCAGCCCGCCGCCGCCGGCCGCCAGCCCACCUGCGCGCGAGCUCUCGGCCGCGAGCUCUCUCGCGGUCUCCGGCGCCGGCCUCUGCCUGCGGUCGCCGUCGCUGCAGCGCGUGCUGGGCGGUCUGUCUGCGGACACCGCGGCGCCCGCCUCCGCCGACGGGGAGCGCGGCAGCCUGCUGCAGCCGCGGGCGCUGGGGGCCCCGCUGCCCGGCGGAGCCGCGCCGGCCGUGGAGCAGCGCCGGCCGUGGGCGCCGGAGGGCCCCGCGGUGGAGCGGGCCGCCCCGCUGUCGCGGUGUGCCUCGGGCACCGUCGCGGCCGCCGACGCCGGCGGGGGCCUUCGCCUGCGGUCGCUGUCGCCGCAGCGCGUGAUGGGUGGCCUCUCUGCGAACACCGCGCCCGCUAGCGCCAGGGCUUCGAGGGCGCGGCACCUGCUGCCUGGUCCCGGGGCGGCCCACGGCGGCGGGGAGGCGGCCGGCGUUCACUCCAUGGCCCGGAUAGCCUCCGCCGGCCAGCUGGUCGCCAGGGCGGCCGCCUGCACGGCCGCGGCACCCCCGCCCGUGAAGGCGGCUUUUCCAGCGGCUCAUGCCGCGCGCGGCAGCCUGGCCUCGCCAAUGGCUGAUGCGCGGGGGAUCGGCUCCCCGUGGGGCUCCGUGCUGCACGCUGCGGCGCGGGCGGCGACACCAGCGGUCGACCGGGCCCAGGUGGUGGCGCUGCCCGGAAGGUCGUUGUCGACGUCCAGGCUGGCGGGCGCCGCGGCCGCGCCGCCGCCGCCGCUGGCGGCCAGCGGGCCCCGGGGGGCGCACGGCCUCGCGGCGCCGGCCUCGCCGCUGCACGGCGCGGGGUGCGUGGGCCGGCGUGGGCCCAGCGGGGCGCGCCGCGCCGUGGGCAGCGCGGAGGGUGUGACCUGCGCCGCCAGGUUCCCGGUGCUCGUCUGGGAGAUCGCCCUCCGCAGCUGGCGGCGCUUCUUCCCUGUCAGGCAGGGCUUUCAGCACCUCCUGUGGAGCGAUGACAACCUGACGGAGUGCGUGCGCGAGGAGUUUCCGCAGCACCUCGGCGGCUUCCUCGCGCUGCCCGGCGGCAUCGAGCGGUCGGACGCGGGCAGGUACUGCGUGAUGCAUCGCCACGGCGGCAUAUACGCCGACCUCGACUACGAGGCGCGUACUGAGUUUUUCGGCGACCUCAUGCCUGGCCUGGCGAGCUUGCUGGAGUGCAGGUCGAAGGACGCUGGCAUCGACGUCGAGAACUCGCUGAUGGCAUCGCCGCCGGGCCACGAGCUGUGGCGCCUCGCCCUGGCAAGGAUCUUCGGUUCCUCGCCGAGCGGCGCGCGCCGCUGGGACGACCCCAGCAGCGGCACGGGGCCCCGCAUGCUCACCGCGCUGCUCCGGGGCGCCGACGCGAGCGCUCUCGGAGUGCGCGUGCUCCCCUGCUCGUUGUACCAGCGCUCCGUGGCGGCCGACUCGGGCGAGGGGCACUGCGGCCGUGUCCUGGACGCGCACGCCGUACACCAGCGGGGCAUCCACUGGAGCACCACCUCGCACACGUCGUUCGUCGGCGCCGCCCUGCGCUCCGAGCGGACCUUCGCCCUCCACCCCGAGCUCCUGGGGCGCCCGCUGUUCCGCGGGCCCGACCUGGUGCACCGCGUGGCCGCGGCGAGCCAGGGCGCGGACCCGAGCGCCCCGCGGUCGGAGGCGGAGAGGGCGCGCCUGCGCGGCGCCUGCCUGGAGGCCAGGGCGACGGGCUGGCGCCAUCCCCAGAGGAGCUGCUGCGGGGCUCGCUCGCCCAGGAGCCCUCGGCCGCCCACGUGCGCUACCUGCUCGGCAGCGCCCUCCAGGCCCAGGGCCGCGCCGCGGAGGCCCUGGCGGAGUACUGCGGCGCCCUCGUGCUGGACCCCGCGCUCGCCGCCGCGCGCACGCCCGCAGAGUUCGCGGCCCUCGGCCGCGCGGCCGGGGCGGCGCAGCAGGCGCUCGGCGCCGCCAUGCUCGGCGCCGGCAACCGGACCGGCAGUGCGGCGGGCGGGCCGCACGGCGCCUGAGACCGCGCAGGCCGCGGGAGCGCCGGGCAGGCCGCGCCGCGUGUUUUCUGUUGGGCCUCGGCCGUCGGCGGCCGCGAGUGCGCCCGGGCGAGCCUCGGCGCAGGUUGCCCUGCUGCCUCGCGGGGCGCAGGACUCGAGGAAGUUUGUCGCGCGCCGCGGGCUGGGUCGGGAGGCUUUGCAGCGGCUCGCAGGCACCACGGCCGCACACGUCUGCCAGUGGCGGCGAGGAGGGCAUGGAGUGGCACGAAGUGGCAUCAGCACUCCAUGAAUCGCCGGGUGCAGCCUGCGCUUCUCUGGAGCUCCUGACUUUGGCAUGGUGGGGCCCCGGGGUGCUGAUGGCAUAACCUGGUGAAGCGGUGACGUGGCUCUUGGUCCAGACGCGGAGUACCCUCGUCUACGAGGACCGAAGAAGACACAGUUGCACAAACAUAAGCUUUUUG